AGAUUGAAAUUGUUGCUGUUUGCAUGUUUCAGAUAUGGAGGAACGUUGCAAAACAUUUCUGUGAAGCUUCCCAUCACACUGAACAAAUUUUUCCAGCCUACAGAAAUGGCCGCUCAAGACUUCUUCCAGAGGUGGAAGCAGCUAAGCAGCCCUCAACAGGAAGUGCAGAACAUCUUUAAAGCAAACCAUCCAAUGGAUACCGAAAUUACAAAGGCAAAGAUUAUUGGCUUUGGCACAGCGUUACUGGAAGAAGUAGAUCCCAAUCCUGCUAACUUUGUCGGAGCCGGCAUAAUCCACACAAAAUCAUUCCAGAUUGGAUGUUUGAUGCGUCUUGAACCCAACCUGCAGGCACAGAUGUACAGAUUAACACUACGGACAAGUAAAGAAACGGUGUCCCGAAGGUUAUGUGAAUUACUUUCGGAACAGUUCUGAGCCAUAAUGUGCAACCCCUUCUGAUUCUCCAUUUCUGCCAUUGUCCAUGUCCUGCUCCAAAAAUGUUUUGUACACCAGUGUCUGCAAAAAUAAUUGCCACCCCAUUCACAUCCCUGCCUUAAAGGACCUGUCCCUUUUUAUGUGAAACAAAUGAUAUGUGCAACAUAAAAUUACUUAAAUGUGAAAAAAAAUAAAAUGACUCUUAGAUUUUUGGUGCAAAGAA